GGUGUGCAAGGUGUGCAUUGCACAUCGGCCCCAAACCAAUGUGGUAUAUAUAGGCCCCCAAAUCGAUUUGUUAAAAUUAGUUUGUAGAUUAUAGAUGUAAUAAUAAUUCUUAGAACAAAAAAACAGUUCAAAUAUAAUAAAAUAUCAUUGUUUACCAUGUAAAAUAAAAAUACUUGCAGGUCCGUGGUCUACGCGAUCGGGAGACGAACCACUAGGAACACAUUUAAUCGUACAUUUAUAAAAAUAGAUUAUUGAUAAACAUACAAAUGUGAAAUGUUCCUUGGGUUUUUACUUUUUGUACGUACGAAUCGUACGAUAUUGGGAUAUUCAAUUACGUAUUACGUAAUUUUAUGAUUUUAUUGUUGAUUUUUGUACGUUAUUCGUCUGUCCGUGGCUUCAUUGGUUAUUUCUAUUUAGUGUAAAUACUGAAUACUAAUAGUAUACCGUAUACUUUGUAGUUUGUACGAAUUGUUAAUAACCAUUUCAGGAAUUAUUUUUUUUUAUUUUGAAAGUGAUUUGUGGAUUUAUUUUUUUCUGAUAUAAUAUUUUCAAUACUUAUUAUAAUAAUUUGUUAAAAAUGUCAAAACGUAUAUGCAUGAGUGGUUGGGAUAAGCACAAAAAAAAAAUGAAACAACAGAACGAAAAUCAAAAUGCAGCAAAUGCUAUGAAAUUGUGGAUUAAAAAAUCAGUUGUAUCCAAUACUUCAACUAUUAUUGAAAAUCAUCAAGAAAAUGCAACUAUAAAAAAGAAUGAUAGCUCAGAAGUUUUAUCCAACACUUCAACUGUUAUUGAAAAUCAUCAAGAGAAUGAAAUUAUAAAAGAGAAUGAUAGUUCAAAAGUUUUAUCCAACACUUCAAUUGUUAUUAAAAAUCAUCAAGAGAAUGAAAUUAUAAAAGAGAAUGAUAGUUUAAAAGAUUUUGAUGGCUUAAAUUUAACUUUAAAGUAUCCGUCUGAUCGUGGAAAUUUUGAAGGUGAAAUAUGCACUUCAUUAAAAAAGAGUAUUUUGUUAUUUGGACCAUGCAAACCAUCAAUCAAGUUUCCUAAGAAUCAUGUUAACAGAUGUUUUUCUACUGAUUAUUACUAUAUAACAACUAAAACAGGUAUUCGAAUUCCACGGCUAUGGUUAUGCUAUUCUUUAAUUUUAGAUAAAGCAUAUUGUGAGUUUUGUUGGCUUUUUGCUAACCGACAAUAUGAACAUUAUAAACAUGAAUGGAUUUCUGGCAUUGACAACUGGCAACAUUUAUCACAACAAAUUUCUAAGCAUGAAAAUUCUAUUCAACAUAUAAAUGCAACAGAAAUUCGUAGAUAUUGGGAAAAAAAUAAAACAUUAGAUACAGAUUUAGAAAAACAAAUAUCUGAAGAAGCAGAGUAUUGGAGAAAUGUUCUUCGUCGAGUUAUUCAUGUAAUUUUGACACUUACAUCAGGUAAUACUGCUCUCCGAGGAAACGAAGGAAAGAAAGGUAAUCCUCAAGAAAUUGAAGGUAACUUCAUGCGUACUAUUAGACUACUUGCAAAAUUUGAUCCUUUUGUUCAUAAUUUAUUAAAUGAUUCAAAAAAACAUAUAAAAUACUUAAGUUGGAAAAUUCAAGACGAGCUUAUAGAAAUUUUAGCAUCAGAUGUACGUAACAAUAUAUGUGAUGAAAUUAAAAAGUGUUCUUGGUUUUCAAUUAUAAUCGACUCGACCCAAGAUAUUACUAAAGUUGAUCAAGUGAGCAUAAUUAUUAGGUAUGUCUUUGUUGAAUAUAAAAAUCACAUAUUAGAUAUAAGGGAAUCAUUUUUAGGAUUUUUUGCAUUACAAAAUCAUGGUUCAUCUGAUUAUGCUGAACUUUUGUUGAAAAUACUAAAUAAGUUUGGUUUAGAUAUAAAAAAAUGCCGUGGUCAGGGUUAUGAUGGGGCUUCUGUAAUGAGUGGUGUCCAUUUUGGAGUACAAAAGCGAAUUAUUGAUAUUGUGCCAACGGCUAUUUAUGUUCAUUGUUGUGCGCAUAAUUUAAAUUUGGUAAUUUCUGAUGCUGCUAAAACCUCACAAAAGAUUGUUUCAUUUUUUAGUACAGUGCAAGAUGUAUUCAAUUUCUUUGGUUCUAGUGCACCAAGGUGGGCAUUAUUAGCGCUUGGUGAUGAACAAGGAUGUAAAGUUUCCAAGAAAACAUUAAAAAAAGUAUGCCCAACAAGAUGGGAAGCAAGACAUGAUGCAGUAUUUGUAUUACAAGAGAGGUUCAUAGAUGUUGUUAAAUGUUUAACUAAAAUAUCAUUAACUACCAAGAAACCAGAUGAAAAAAAUGCAAGUAUAUCUUUAAAAAAAAAAUUGGAAUCAAGUGAAUUUAUUUUAAUUUUAUGCUUAUGGGAAAAUAUUUUGAGAAUUUUAAAUGUUGCUUCAAAAUUAUUACAAGGAAUUAAUUUUUCCAUUGAAAAAACUUCUACACUUAUGGAUCAAUCAAUUUGUCAAAUCAAUCAAUUAAGGAAUAAUUAUGAUGAGAUAUUGAGUAAAUCAAAAGAAUUAUGUGCUAAAUGGAAUAUAUCAAUUCCAUUCCAUUCAGUUCGUAAAAGAUAUGUAAAUAAAAAGUUUGAUGAUUUUGAUGGCGACUCUCGGCUAGAUAUUAAUGAAGAAAAUUUUAAAAUAAAAGUAUUUUUACCUGUCUUUGAUACUAUACUGUUUCAAUUACAUAAUCGAUUUGAAGGAAUGUUCACUAUAGUUAGUAAUUUUAAAUUUCUAUCGCCAUUAACUAUUAUUGAACAAAAUGAAGAUUAUAUUAUAAAAUCAUCAUAUGAUUUUAUAAAGUUGUAUGCAAAUGAUAUUUCAUCUGAUCUUACAAGACAGUUAUUAUGUCUAAAGCUGCAUAUUACAAAAAGUGAUAAAACUGUUGUAUCAGGACUCAAGACCAUACAAAAUUUGGCUUUUUAUAUAAUUGACAUGGAUUUAUCAACAAGUUUUCCUGAUGUUCUAGCUGCUUGUCUUAUAUUUUUAACAAUUCCUGUUACGGUAGCAUCUGCAGAAAGAAGUUUCUCUAAGCUUAAACUUAUUAAAAAUUAUUUGCGUAAUUCUAUGAAGCAAGAGCGUCUCAGUGGCAUUUCUAUUCUGAACAUAGAAAAGGGAAGAACUUCUGAGAUAGACAUAGAGAAGAUCAUUGACAACUUUUCAAACGCAAAAGCAAGAAAAAAACAAUUUUUUUAAAAUUGUAACAAAUGUAUUGAAAUUAUAGUAUAGUAAUAUUUGAAUAAUGAUUAUAACAAUUAUAUUAUUUAUAUAAUUCAAUUUUUUUUUAAUUAAUUAAUAAGUAGUUGUAUCUAUUAAUAUAAUAAUUUAUUUAUAUUUUAUAGGCUUAUAUAGUUUAAUUAAAAUUAUAUCUACAAGAAAAUUAUUAUGUCAUGUUCACAGUUGUUGUACAUAUGUACUUUAUCCAUAAUAUUAAUUAUAUUUUGUAACAUUUCAAAUUAAUAUACUAAAAAAUAUAUCAAAA